CGUGAUCGUAAAAGUUUAUCAAGCGACACGAGAUGGCACAAGUAUAUAAGAAGAUGGCCAUCAACGCAUUCACCUCACUCAGCAGAUCAAUCCAAAAACUCAUCACAUCAACUUUCAAAACUACCAUUCAAUUACACCAUGCAUUCCCCUAUCGUCUUCUCCGCCCUGACCCUCGCACUCUCAACCAGCGUUUUCGCCGCACCGCUCAACCAAGUGCGACAAGAUCUCCUCUCUCUCGCCGACACGGUCCAAUUCAUCGCCAAGACCAAAGGCUCCAACCCCAACCCCGGCGCGCUCCCAGACAUCAACAACUGGCUCUUCACGCCCGUCCACUCGGGCGCCGGCCAGAACCUCGCGACCCUAGUCGACCCAUCCACAGCCCCCCUCGACCUCUCCCUCCCGGGCUACUUCCGGAACGGCACCGACGCCCCACACAGCGACGGCGGCUACAUAACGGCCGGCUUCCUCGCCGGCACAACAUCCACCCCACCCUAUUCCCUCGUGCUCGCCAUGUCCCACGACCCCAACUCCCCGAACCCCGGCGCCGCGAGGGGAACCGUGCAAUUCGACGCCGGCGUCGGCACAGACGGGCUGGACGUGCCGGCUGGCACACUCAUCACGAGUAACUAUGUCACUGAUGCCUUUUGGGCUUGUCCGGAUGUCCCUGUCGAGGGCGGCAGCGCGAUUGUGGUUGAGGCGACUAAUAGAUAUGCGGAUACGCCGGCGGGCUGCUGGGGUAUUGAGCUCUAUGCUCAGUGUGCGGGCUCGAUUUCGGACGUGAAUCGAGAUGCUUUCCCUGCGUUCGUGCAGAGCAGCUGUUAUGCGGACGCUGCUUCAGUCGUCGUUGCGUAGUGAUUGGCGUGUUGUAGCUUUUGGGGUAGCAGAUGCGGAAGAGAGAUGGAGUUCAGGAAGGAGAUGAGAGUGUUUGUGUUAAAAGGCGAAUUUUUCAACGGAAUAUUUUUAAUCUUUAAGUUGGAGCUUCUGGGGUAGCAGGUGUCGGAAGAGGAGAGAUGGAGUUCAGGAAGGAUGAGAGGGUUUGUGAUAAAAGGCGAAUCUUUCAACGGAAUAUUUUUAAUCUUUAA